AUGGGCUCGAAGGCUCUCAUUUUCGCUUGCAUAGCCUUGUUUUUGGCUAUAAUGAUCACUUCCGAGGUUUCUGCUCGGCAGUUGGCUGAGGAGAACUCCAACCCAUCUGAAGAACCAAAAACAACUGAGACCGCUGCAGGGUUUGAGGAAGCCAAGCACUAUGGAGGUGGCUACGGCGGAUACCGUGGCGGAGGAUAUGGUCGUGGAGGUGGUUACGGUGGUGGAUAUGGUGGCGGAUAUGGCCGUGGUGGUGGUUAUGGUAGAGGUGGCGGCUAUGGUCGCGGAGGUGGUUACGGCAGAGGUGGUGGUUAUGGAGGCGGUGGUGGAUACGGUGGUGGUGGCGGUUAUGGCGGAGGAGGCGGUUACGGUGGUGGUGGAGGUUACGGAGGAGGUGGUGGUUAUGGUGGCGGCCGUGGCGGUGGCUAUGGUGGCGGGAAUGGAGGCUAUGCUCACGAGGCAAAUAACGAGCCCUAA